CCUUUUGAUGGACCCAAACCUCAUGAAACUACUCCUCUCCUCCUUCCUCGCCCUGCUCCUCCUCUCUGUUCCCUGCUCAUCGCAACUCUCGGCGGACUUCUACUCCUUCUCCUGCCCCAAUGCCGAGCUGCUUGUCAGGGACACGGUCAGGUCAGCUUCAGACUUCGACCCCACCAUUCCAGGCAAACUCCUGCGCCUCUUCUUCCACGACUGCUUAGUUCAGGGCUGCGAUGGGUCAGUGUUGAUUCAAGGAAAUGGCACAGAGAGGAGUGACCCUGCCAACAAGUCGCUGGGGGCGUUCUUUGUGGUGGAGACUGCGAAGAGGGUGCUUGAAGUGGUCUGCCCUGGGACUGUCACUUGUGCUGAUAUACUUGUUCUUGCUGCAAGAGAUGCUGUGGAACUGACAGGGGGGCCUUCGGUUCAGGUUCCACUAGGGAGGAGGGAUGGAUUGGUUUCAAUAGCUGCAAAUGUUAGGCCAAACAUGGUGGAUACAACCUUCUCCGUCGACAAAUUGGCUGAUCGAUUCGCAUCGAUAGGAUUGUCCAUCGAUGAUCUUGUUGUCCUUUCAGGUGCCCACACUAUAGGUUCAUCUCAUUGCGAUACUUUCGGUGAGCGAUUCCAACAGAGCUCAAAUGGAAGUUGGGUGCCCAUAGAUACCACCAUGGACCAAGGCUAUGCAAAGCAGGUAGCGAAAAGAUGUUCAAUUGGCACAAGUGCUACAACUUUUGAUAACGAUGCUUCGACUCCGAUGCUGUUCGAUAACCAAUACUACAUCAAUCUCUUGGCCAACCAAAGCCUCCUCCACUCGGACUCUGUUCUCGUUGGUGAUUCAAGGACAAUAAGUAAGGUAGAGGAGUUUGCCCAGAGUCAAGAUGCUUUCUUUACAAGCUGGGCUGAGUCAUUUUCCAAGCUCUCGACGACCGGAGUGAAGACGGGCGAUGAGGGGGAGAUCAGGUUUGCUUGCCAAAGUGUGAAUGGGUAGUACCAUAUAAGUGUGGUGCGUAGUUCGCUUUCAAUCUUUCAUGUGCACAUAAUAAGUUUCAGAUAUCGAAAUGUGCAGAUGUAACAAAGUUAAUUAUAUAUAAUAUAUUAAAUUUUUCCUCCCUUUGUUUUCAUUUUUCAAGAAUUUUUGCCUAAUUGCAUAUAUUUGCUCAGUGAUUA